UAUUAUUUUAAUAGUAUAGUGACUUAAUUUUAUACGGAAAUAAUUGGUAAAAAUCGUGAUUUCGGGUGCAAUGGAAAUUUUCUUUUUUAGAUUUUUUUUUCUUUCAGCGGACCUCGCCCGUCAAAUAUACAUCGUCGGUCGUAUCGUCUGGCAUGUGUGUAUUCGUUCCGUCGGUAUCGUGGUGUAUCUGUUUUGCUGUUCUACUGUGUCGACAAAACAGUUCGAAUAGCAUUGAUAUAAGCGAAAAUAUGCAAGAGUGAGCGUGACAGCUACAUCACGCGCUUAGAUCGGCUGCGAACCAUCGGUCUGCUUCUGCGAACUUGUGUCAUAAAAGUAAACGAAACGUCACGCAAUUUUUCUUUUUGCUUAUAUUUCUUCGUUCUCUUUUGUACUAUUUUUUUCCAAUUGGAUGUGGUCACAGUCGUCAAAUGAUAUCAAGUAAAAUUUUAACAAUUUUUACGAAUUUCUUGCAAAAAGAAACGAAGAAUGGUAGAGGAAAUCUAGAAAGAGCAGCAAAAGCGGUUGAAGCGGAAAAAUGUUCCUUAUAUUUUAAAAACGGGCUCAAGCAACUACAAAUAGAUUGAAGAAAUGAAUGAAUAAUUGCCAUAUAUGCACCAACGGUACCGUUAAAAGUAUACCUGGUAAUAUAAAUAUUAGUUGCGGCCGCCAAAUAGAACAGCAAAUGCAGCAGCAACAAUAGUUCGUCUAAUAGCAAUAUAUAUACAAUAGUUCUGCAGGGAUUCUGUAAAAAGGAUUAAUUUUAAGCAAAAAGAAACCAACCCACAAUAAAAAAUAAAGAACAAUAUUCUUCUAAUGUUACUUCAUUCGAGAAUAUCGGCUAUAAGGAAAUACCAACUUUUGAUACGAGUUUCCUUAAGUUUCUGAAAUCUUCAACACCAAACUAUUUUAACUGAUGUUUAUGGAAUUUUUUAAAUAGGAUCUUAAAAAGAACGAGAAACGGUACCUAUCGUUGGUUGCAACAGGACAAACAUAAAGUUUGCAAAGAAAAACAAAAUAAAUAGAAAAAAUUGUGCAAUAAACUUUACAGCUUGAUAAAAGCGGAGCUCAACCAAAAUAAAAGAAAGUAUAAGGAAAUACCAUCAUAUGUGAGCAUUUCCAUGUGAGAAAAAAACGAAGUUCAAAUUCUAAAAUUUACUUCGAAAUCUUUGAUUAUACAAAGUUCGAAACAGGAGCGUAUGUGUUGUGCCGCAACAUUGAUUGUUGUUGCACGAACGGAAUACACACGUCGACACACACCUACCGAGCAGGUGGUGGCGGCAAAGGCACUGUGGAAGCAUUUGAAUUUAUCAUCUGCUCCAACAUUGACUACAAAAUAGCUAGAUCAGCGACGCUCUAUCAAAAGAGCAGCGCGCAACGGUGGCAAGCAAAGCACGGCGGCGGCUACAUUGAGGGAGGCUACACCACGAGCACGAGCGUUUCGCCCAAAAGUUUUUACUUUAAAUAACAACAACCAUUAACAAGAAACAACAACCCCAUAGUAGCAUAAUAGACUAGAGUGUGUGUGUGCGGUUAAGGGUGCGGCGUAAGCAGCCAAAAAUUUAGCUAGUAUGGAGUGCUGUUUAUCGGAGGAGGCGAAGGAACAGAAGCGCAUUAAUCAGGAAAUCGAACGGCAGUUGCGUCGAGAUAAGCGUGAUGCGCGAAGGGAACUCAAACUCUUGCUGCUCGGCACUGGUGAAUCCGGCAAAUCGACAUUCAUCAAACAGAUGCGUAUUAUUCACGGCAGCGGUUACUCCGACGAUGAUAAGCGGGGUUACAUCAAAUUAGUCUAUCAAAAUAUAUUCAUGGCCAUGCAGUCGAUGAUCAAGGCCAUGGAUAUGUUAAAAAUUUCGUAUGGCAAAGACGAGCACGGUGAACUUGGCGAACUGGUGAUGAGUAUCGAUUACGAAACGGUCACAUCAUUCGAAGAUCCAUAUUUGUCGGCCAUCAAAACACUGUGGGCGGAUACUGGCAUACAAGAAUGUUACGAUCGACGAAGAGAAUAUCAACUCACAGAUUCGGCAAAAUAUUAUCUGAUGGAUCUCGAUCGUGUGGCUCAACCAGAUUAUUUACCAACCGAACAAGAUAUUUUGAGAGUUCGUGUGCCGACAACGGGGAUCAUUGAGUAUCCCUUUGAUUUAGAAGAAAUUCGAUUUAGAAUGGUGGACGUGGGUGGUCAGCGUUCUGAGAGAAGAAAAUGGAUACAUUGCUUUGAGAAUGUGACUUCAAUCAUAUUUUUGGUUGCGCUAUCGGAAUACGAUCAAAUUUUAUUCGAAUCUGAUAAUGAGAAUCGUAUGGAAGAAUCAAAAGCUUUAUUUAGAACUAUUAUUACGUAUCCGUGGUUCCAAAAUUCAUCAGUUAUUCUCUUCUUAAAUAAGAAAGACUUAUUAGAGGAAAAAAUCAUGUAUUCGCAUUUGGUAGAUUACUUUCCCGAAUAUGAUGGUCCACAAAGGGAUGCGAUUGCCGCCCGAGAAUUCAUACUUCGUAUGUUUGUAGAUCUUAAUCCAGAUUCCGAAAAAAUCAUCUAUUCUCAUUUCACCUGUGCUACGGAAAUGCGAAAAUUAAAGCAAAUUCAACGUUAUACAAAUCGAAAUUGUCAGAUACCGAAAACAUUAAGCUCGUAUUCUGCGCUGUCAAGGAUACUAUCAUGCAGAAUGCCCUCAAGGAAUUCAAUUUGGGUUAAGGCACAUCAUGUGACAUAUUUGUAACGGAGCGCGUCAGUCAUCAGUCUACUAACCCGUCUACCUACCUAGUACUACUUACAUGCAUAUAGUGAACCAUCGCAUCAAGUUUUAUUUGUUUCGCUUCUUUAUACUACGAUUUUAUUAAUACACAUUGGCUUAUGUUGCUUGCAAAAGUUUAAAUAAAUAAAAAUAAAUAAAUAAAUAAAGUUCUAAAAAAACAAUUCAUAUAUAAUAUAAAUUCAUAGGCAAUGCUGAUAUUGUAAUAAUGUUUAGGCAAAAGUGUUAAAGCAAUGCGUUUUUGUUUGCUUAAGUGUAAACUGUUUUGUUUAAGUACUCGUUAAUAAAACAAAUUCCUUAAAGUUGUUUUAUUUUCAUCAUUAAGUUCUAUAAGGUGGCCGGAUAUAUAAUCUGUGGAGGAAUUUUGUGUACUUUCCUAAUUAUGUACUUCUCUAAAAGGCUUUUAGAUAUGAUCUGAUAGAAAUUUGGUAAAUUUAUAAAACUUAGUACUAAAGCAAUCAAAAAUAAAAUUUAAAAAAAUUUGUGUAUUAUUUUUGUUCGAAAAUUUAUAUUGUAAAAAAUCUGUAAAAAAAAUAUUAAAUAAAUUAAAGGAUUAUUUUAAGGAUACUAUCAAAAAAGUUUAUUGAAAAUUUUAAGGAAAUCUUCUAAAUUGUUGUUGUAAACAUAUAAAAGUCGUCGUUUCGAAAGUAAGCCACCUUAGAACCUCCUUUUUGACGGAUCAUAAACCCAUCGUUCCGUUAACAUUGGUGCUUUUUGUAGUGAUGCCUUUGAACUUACUUCGGCGAAGAAUGGUGUGAACUAUACAGUUAUUUUAGAUGAAAAAAAAAAAUUGUAUAUAGCCGAAAACCUCAAUACUCGCUUAAACAAUUAUUAAAGCUUAACAAGAUUUUUUUUUUUUAAAUAUACAACAACAAAGUACGACUUAUUAUAUUUGUUUUGAACGAGUAACAUCAAGAAGUGUUUUUCUGACAUCCGAAAAAAACAGUAAAAUUUAUUCUAAUUUUUUUUUCGAUAAUACAAAAAUAAUAGUGUUUUUUUACUUUUUCGAACAUACAACAGAAAACCAUAAAUUGAUUUUCCGAACAUUCAACAACCAAACACGAGUACUUAUAUUUUCGAACAAAACUCGAAGUUCGUUUUUCGAACAUAUAAAAACAAUAAUAAACGAUUUAUAAUUUUUUCGAACAUACAACAGAAAAUUAAUUGCUUUUCCAACCAUUCAACAGCCUAAAAAUUAUUACUUAUAUAUUCGAACAAAAUUCGAAGUUCGUUUUUUGAACAUAUAACAACAACAAUAAAUGAGUUAUAAUUUUUUCCAAAAUACAACAUUUACAGAAAGCAAUGAAUUACUUUUUCGAACAUCUAACAAUAACAACAAAAAAAUAUUACUUUUUCGGACAUGUAACGAUUUCUUAUUUGCGAAAAAGAGAAAAUAGCCAAUAUUUUCCCAAUAAUUUUAAAUUUCUUUUACGUUAACUGAAGGCGAUUUAGAAAUAAGGUAAUUUUUUUUUUGAAGUAGUGUGGCAUUGCUGUGUACGAAAAUGUGUGAGAGUGCGAGAAAUAAAUAUUUUAUGAUAUAAAAUAAAAUGUGCGUUUGUGUGUUUAAUAAAAUAAUUAAGAAGGUCCAUAUAUAAUUUUUGUUACUAUAUAUAAAUAUAAUUUUUAUUAUAUAUCCAAUGUCUAUAAAAUUUUAAAUAUAUAUUUUUUUUAAUUCUUAUGAGCUACUAUUAUUGGACCUCCUUAAAUUAUACCGAAAUUAAUAUAAUUCUCUUCUUUUAAUAAUCUAUGCUUUCUCACGCUCUUUAGAUACCGAAAAUAUUCGAUUCGUGUUUGCAGCUGUUAAGGACACCAUUCUCCAAUCAAAUCUGAAGGAA